UUUGUCGUCGCGUGACUGGAAAUAGAAGCUGGAGGGCAAAGGCUGCGCAACCGCGCCGCGCGGUGAGAAAGAACACCUGUUUGGCAACUGCGCGGUGAAAAAGAAGAAAAAGAAGAAGAAGAAGCCCACAUGUUUCUGUUUUGUUUUCUUUUACGUUUGAACGACGCUGCGUGUAUGUGACUGGUGUGUGGGCUCCACCACGUACGAGCUGUUGCUCGUCAGUGGGAUGACCAGCCAAUGCAACGCAAAAGUAGAGAGAGGGGUUUGCGCUGCUACGACGUCGAUCUCGUGUAUAUCAUGCAACGCUCCCCUCCUCUUCUUCGUGCAAGGACGCAAUAGCUAGAGCCACUUCUCCAGAGAACGAGAGAGAGAGAGAGAAGGCUUAGGUUAGAAUGGCUCCCGUUCUCCUGGUGGUGGUCGGCUCGUCGGCGGCGGCGUGGGCCGACGUGCCCGCCGGCAGCCGGGUGCAGGUCGUGCAGGUAGCCUGCGGCGCGAGGCGUCCGGCGACGACGUCGAUGGCGGUCCGCUGCGUCGGCCGCGGUGGCGGCAAGACGGGUCCGGUCCUUGGCAAGCCUUCCGACGACGACGACGACGACGUACGUGCAUACGAAGCUGGUCAAGAUCGCCUUCAGGAUGGCCGUGGUGACGGCCGUUUUCUUGAGGAGAGUUCAGGCGAAUUCCAACUGCGCCGACAUGUCUCUGCAGGUGUCGAGCCUGCAAGAGGAGUGCGCCCGUUUCCUGGAUUCGUUCGUGGCCGGGGAGGAGAUCGCGGGCCACGACGCGGUCCGCAUGCUCGUCGGCUGCCAUGACAAGCUGACCGUGGUUCUCUCCGCCUACGGCGGCGCCGGCCGGGACGACGUCGACGAGGGACAGGCGCCGCCGGUCGUCGUCCCGCCCGGAGGACAGAUCGACACCCACCUCCUCGACUUGUUCCUCAUUGGGACCUCCGAGCUACCAACCAACUGGUCUGACAGAACCCUCGUUGCCCAGCUGACGUGCUCUCUGUACCGGGCAAUUGAAGCAGUCACCAAGUUCAUCGCCACCACGGAGAAGGGGGUUCCUCUCGAGCAAGCAGAUGCAGAGGGGAGGUCUCCUCCACCUCCUGAAGAGGAAGGAGGGAAAGCGUAGAUGUUACUCAGUCAGCAGAAAGGAGGAAGGAGUACUUUUUGGGAGGUCAUUAGAACUCAGUCAGCAGUAGUAAUCAUCCUAAGUACGGAGAAGUAGCAUUUAGUUCUUCUGAUGUUUUGGAACCUUACCAUGCUGUUUAGUAUUCCUAAUUAAGUCCUACUGCUACUAUCAUGUAGUAACGUGCUAUCCGCCGAUGGUUAUCAAAUAACAUCAUGUGAACUUUGCAACAGCUGCUUCUUUUUAGUAAGUAAUAGUUCAUUCCCUUUUGUUAAAUCUUGAUCUUCUUUCUCUGUGGCUUUGCUUAAAUUUGCUCGAUUUCGUUUAGAAGAAAUCAGCCCAACUGAUUCUUUUCCUAAAUACGAGAGACAGAUGAUCUUAUCUCUAAGCUAUUUUCCUGGAGACGAAUCGAAGCGAAUCCUAGAUCCCACGAUGAUAGUUAGGGCACGGCAACGAUGGUAUUUAUAGAUAGGGCACGCACGAAACGGAGGAGACCAAACCAAACCAAACCAAACCAAACCAAACCGAGGUGAAAUUGAACCGGCGCUCCCUCGUCUUCCGUCGCCAUCGCCGUCGCGUCGCACCCAAGGUGACGGGUAAUGGGGGCGUGCUACUACUACCAACCCCUCCGGCCGCCGCCGUGCCCUUCCGUUCCUUGCGGCCAAAAGGCACAGCGGCAACCUCUCUUUCGCAGCAGCCAUCAGAGUCUGCAUGUUGCAUCUAAGGCGGCCGGGCUGACCAGCAGCAGCAGUAGAUCAAAAGAUGUGAAGUUGAGGGCUAUCUUACAUGAGGACAGUGUUACUGGUGUUAGACCAUGGUUUAGCCUGUUCGGAAUGUCCUUUUCUGAUCUUUAUGAUCACUUCCCUGAAUCUGUCUGGGACAUCUGUGAGGAUUCCCCUGCCGAAGCUUUUGAGAAGAAGGAGCAUAAGGGGUGGAUGCAAUUUCGGAGUGAAAUGAACAGCAGAUACAACAAAGCCGUGGACAUAAGUUUUGACGAUAGGUUUGCUGAUUCCAUUGUGUUUGACAAAACACUCUACAAGUAUGCAAUUUUGGGUUGCAAGGUCAAUGCGGAUGGGAUUAUGAAUCAGGGUGUUAUAUCUGCCAGUGAAAGAAAUAAAAUUAUCCAUGCUCUUGAAAGGAUAGAAGGUGACAUUGAGAUUGGAAAGUUCAAGUGGAGAGAUGGCGCUGAUAUUCAUACAAGCAUUGUGGAAGCACUUGCUGAUAUGAUUGGGGACAAAGCGAAGGAUCUUGCAGUGGAAAGUAAAUAUGAUAGUUGCCUCAUGAUACUGGAAACAUGGUCCAAAAACUCCAUUGAUCAUAUUAUGACUCAAUUGAAACAACUUCAGGUUGCUCUAGUUCUGUUAGCAAUAAAAAAUGAUGGGGUUAUCCUUGGUGAGAGAGAGAUUGAGGGCACCACAUGCCUGGAGAGUCUUCUUCUGCGCAUUGUCAAAGUGCUAGACUAUGAUGCUUCCAAACUUCGUUCCUAUCAUGGAAGCAUUUCUUGCUCAAAUGAUGGUGUCAUGCUUCUGAGGACCAGCUAUCCAGAAAAUCAGAUGUUUUCCAAGCUUUCUUCCAUGGCCUCGUUUGCAGAAUCAAUCAACAAUUGCAUCCCCAACCAUCUAAGGCAACUGCUUGAGAAGGUUUUGUCCAGGAGGAAUAUACUGUUACUCACACCAAAUGGUGAAACAACGAUAUAUGACACAGUCCUAUCCAAGUUUGGUUCCAUUGAACAGACAAGGCAUCAUGGAGAUGUUGCUAUCUCAAAAUGUCUAAAUAUUGGAUUUCGAAAUGUACGUGAAUCACCUCAGACAUGUGAAAUCGAGGACGCUAAGCACUAUUUAUUUUCUAGCACUAAAUCUGUGGUCGAAAUUCUCGAUCUAUCCAUACAACUUGUUCUAAGGAUCUUGUUUGGCAUGGAAAAGGCCCAAAAUUCCCUCCCAAGAGGAUAUCAUGAUGUUAUGAGGUUUACACAUUUCCUGACAACGAAGGGAAUCGAUUUGGGCACAGCUUAUGCCUUGGUCCAUCUGUGCUUGGAUAAAAAGCUCCAACCUUCGGAGCUCAUUCUAGACAAACACGAGCUAAAGCAGAUCGAUUUUCACUGUGAGCGUGCUCAUUACCUCCUGGAAUACAAAGGGAGCAUCUUUGGUGAUUCCACCGAUCUGGAUGCCUGCAAGAAGAUGCUGAAAUGGUGUUGCAAACUUCGCAUUGAUCCUGCUGCGACCAUCUCUUCUUGAUUCCCACGAUUCAAUGCACUCAAUAGAGAAUUAGGGAUAUUGUGCUAUCUCGAACUCAUGUUUAAUUAGCAACGAAUUUGGUAGUCAUCACGUUUAAUUAGCAAAUGUAUUCUCAUAUAUCAAGAUUGAGUUAGGGUCCUAUUAUAGUCUAAUGGACUUGAAAGUGCAUGAACCUGUAUUCGUUGUUAUGGCAUUAGAUUAUGAA